ACAGUUGACACGAUUUCAAGCUGCAAAUUUUCAGACAUGGAGCCCCUACCGAACCUCGACCAAUUCAUUGAGAAAUGCGGCACAAAUGAGAUCCAAGCUUUCCUUCAGCUAGUCCAAGAUCGGUUUCUUGAAGCUCAGAAACAAAAGGAGGCACGACUUAUGAAGACAAUCGAUAACUGCUACGAUGAAACUCUUGAUUUUGUGAAACAGCGAAGGCGCCACUUGAGGAAGCAAGCACUUGCCGCCCUCCAAACACUAAGAGACCGCCACAAACUGUCAAAAGACGAGCUGGCUUUGCAUCUCGAGCAGAUUCGCUCUCGAAAGAGAGAGCUUCUAGAUUUUUUUCGAGAAGAAGCCGCAAAACUCACCGAGUUGGAACAACGGUCUGCGGAACUCGUUGCGAUGUUUACCUCGAAACGGGGAGAGUUAGCCGAGUUGCACAGGAAGCAGCUAGAGAGUUUCAAACGCAGCGCACUAAAACGCUUGGACCAGGCAAGAGUUGCUAGUUUCCAAGCAGUGAAGGAGUCUCCUUGCUGGGAUGAGAGUAUGGACGAAGCUGUUGGCCGGCUCAUGCUGUUGCGCCUGUCUCUGCAGAUAAAAACACCCGAAGAUGCAGACGCUGUGUAG